AUGAGUGCAGUUAUGGCUCAGCAGGAUGAUGUUGACAAGGCCCGGCGGAGAGUUGAGGGCAAGUUGAGUACCAUUUUACACAAGUGCGGGGAUGGUGCACAUUCAAACAUUGCUGUUGCUGUGGCCCCCUUGGAGUUUGUUGAUGAUGAUGUGGCUGCAAGCAACACUGAUGCGUAUAUUCCAUUUAUGGCUCAGCAGGAUGAUGUUGACAAGGCCCGGCGGAGAGUUGAGGGCAAGUUGAGUACCAUUUUACACAAGUGCGAGGAUGGUGCACAUUCAAACAUUGCUGUUGCUGUGGCCCCCUUGGAGUUUGUUGAUGAUGAUGUGGCUGCAAGCAACACUGAUGCGUAUAUUCCAUAUAGACGUCUCCCUGCCCUCUUCCCGGACCCUCCACCUGUUGCCGGUCCAUCAGUCGCACAACGCCAAUGCCACAAAGUCACUUCAUCUUCACCACUGUCUUUUCACCGAUUACUGUCCGGUGCUCAAUCUCUCGCCAUGCCACCCAAACUGAACCGUUCCUUUGUUUGGAAAUCUCGUGUCAAUGUCUAUGCAUACCUAGAAAACAGUGUAAAAGCGUCAGAAUACUCAUUUGUUGCCCAGCGCUCGAUUUCCUGUAUGAACAUCUUCGAGCCAUUCAGCAUUCAAGAAUCCGAUGUCAUUGGUUUCUUCACUCUGGCAAAUGAUGCUUGGAUGUACAUGAUGGCGUCCGAGGUGUCCUGGAGGAAGCUGAGUCUACAGGGUGGUGGUAUACUCAUUUGGGCAAAGCAUGGUGUCACUUCCUUGCGAGAUGUUGACAAAGUUAUUGGACACCGCACUCUCGGACUGCGAAGGCCUGAAGCCGGCGAGAUGUUUGCUCCGCACCAACCUGGGGCUACUUCUCUUGACUAG